CACGGACGGCCAUGUUUCCGAAACACAAACAACAAGAAGAGCAGCGACUGGGAGCCAGCAGACACAUACUGAUAUACGCAGCUGCGACCGUUGGAGGAGAGGGAAAAAUAAUAAAUAAAAUACAGAGCGCGACUUUCUGAAAGUACGAUUCUGUCGAAUGAAUACGUUUACAGUGUUUAAAGAGACCAAUGCAUACGAUAUAUUGGCUGUAGACACGCCGUGCAGACAACCAGUGUGGUAGCUAUAAACAGUGAAGUGGUGCAAAGGGAGGAGGACAGGAAAUAAAGGAGUUACCUGGAGGGUCUCCGUCAAUCCACAUUUCAGUUGGAGCGAGAGAAAAAGGCACAGAGGGAGAGAGAGAAGGAGAAGAGGAGUGCGAGUCGCGUCUGCUCUUGGCAGCUGUUCCAGCAGCCUGUUUCAUUGUUUUGGCUGUUAUUUCGUUCCUGCGUUACUUUUUUGAUGAAUCAGUUCAUAUUUUUAACUUUAUGUGAGAUAUAACUGCUGUAAAGAAAAAAAAAAAAAAGAAAAAGAAAACCUUAUUACUAGCAAGAGUGUUUUAUUUUGUUCCACUGUUAAUUUCCAAGGUUCUUUCUGUUUCUUUUUUUAUGUUUAACAACCUUUUUCGGCUGUGAGUAGCAGGAGCUUCCAUUCUCCAAACUAUCGUCAAACCCCCUUCCUUAUUUAGUUAGGACCUGAUAACCUGGUAUUCCUCAAGCACCUGAAACUGGCAGCUAUUCUCUUUGUGUCUGUGUGUUUGGGGAGCUCUGUGACCACAGCUUAAGCACCACUCAGCCUUCUAGUCACCUAAGCCUAACUAAAGCAAGCCAGCUCUAGCCUGGUCCAGCCCAGUCCAGCCUGCUCCGAUCAUCUGGACAGGAUACUCAGUUCUGUGUGGACGUGAAGAAUAUGACUGCUGAGACUCUUAACUUCGGCCCAGAAUGGCUCCGUGCACUGUCCAGUGGGGGGAGUGUGACGUCCCCCCCUCCUUCCCCCGCCAUGCCAAAGUACAAGCUGGCCGAGUACCGCUACGGCCGAGAGGAGAUGUUAGCACUUUAUAUCAAAGACAACAAGGUCCCAGAGGACAUGCAGGAUAAGGAGUUUGCUGCUAUUCUGCAAGAUGAGCCCAUGCAGCCACUGGCACUGGUGCCUCUCACUGAGGAGGAGCAGAGGAACUUCUCCAUGUCUGUGAACAGUGUGGCGGUGCUAAGGCUCAUGGGAAAAGGGGUGGGUGGGGCCGCCCCAGCUGGAGUGGUCCGAGGACGAGGGGCCACACGAGGCGGUCGAGGGCGAGGUCGUGGUGAAGGUGGAUUCUACCAAAGAAGUAUUGAAGAUGCGGAGGUGGGUUUCGGCCGCAGCGUCCGAGAGAUACAUCGCAGCCAGAGCUGGGAUGACCGGGGUGAGCGUCGUUUUGAGAAGCCUCUGCGGCGGGAGGUGGGGCGUCCUGGCUUUGAAGAGGUUGCAGGUCCCGUGGCUCCAGGGAGGAAGGAGUUCACAAGGGCCGACAGCGAUAACUGGCGCACCCUCCGGGAGGAGCAGGACGAGGAUGAGGGGGAGCCAGGCAGCAGCUGGAGACUUACUGCACCCCGCAGGGAUGAUGGUGCUCCUCGCUCAGCAGGCUGGCGGGAACAUGUCGGCCCAGGUGAGAGUCGUCGUCGGAAGUUUGAUUUCGACUUCCGGGACUCGGAUGGUCAUGGUGGUGGCCGCCGGCGUGCAGGCAGUGAUGGACUAGAGGAUGACAGGGACGGCCUGCCUGAGUGGUGUACAGAUGAGGAGGACGGGGAGAUGGGCACUUUUGACUCCUCUGGAGCUUUCAUGCCAAUGAAGAAGGGUGGCAAGGAGACAAUCCUGGAGGAGGAGUUCGAGUUUAAGGGGAUAGAAGAGGAGGAAGAAGAGGAGAGCUACGCUGACGCAGAGAGGAACAGUGCUGAAGGAGACAAAGACAUGGAGUGUAAAGAUGCUGGCUCUGCUGUUGGGGAUGUUGAGACAAAGCCAGCAUCACCCUCCUCCUCUCCUCCAGUCCACUGUGCCCCUCCAUUCCUGGACCCUCGGCCCAACAACGCUGGCCCAGUGGUGGACAACCCUCAGCUGAACAACAGCCACCCAGUGAAGGCCAUCAGCACAGCCAGUGAAGACGUGACUCCUGUAGGGGGCUCCAAGGCCCAGCUGAGCCCCAGCACCCCCUCCAGUCUGCCUCCCCCACCCCCUUCCUCUGCUGCUCCGUUCUGCGCCUCCGCCUCCAUCUUGGAGGGGAGACACACGAGGACGAUGACGGGCGCAAUGAACACCUGGGCAGCCAGGAGCAGAAGAAGAGUGGUGGAUCAGCUGCGACGACUUCUUGGAAGAGGGAGGUGGGUGGUUCAACCAGGCCUCUGCAAGGGCAGCAGCAGGAGAGUACGGAACGACAGCAGCUGGCGUCCGUUCACCACAGUAGAGAUGUGCGAGUGGUUCCAGGCUGGUUAUUUCACCAUGACCCUGCUGGUGAAGCGGGGCUGCGACGAGGGCUUCCAACCCCUGGGGGACGUCAUAAAGAUGUGGGGCCGCGUGCCCUUCGCCCCAGGGCCCUCCCCGCCGCCCCUGCUGGUGAGACAGCCACCACCAACUCAGCGCCCGCAGCCCACCCGGGGGCCCGCCGGGACUGUGAGUCAGAGCUCAGCCAACGUAGAGGAUGGGGAAGGGAGGAUGCAGAGGAGAGGGAAGAUUGAUAGACAGGUCACGGGAAACCUGGAUCAGGAGCGCCUGAAAAAGCAACAGGAGCUGGCAGCAGCAGCUCUUUAUCAGCAGCUCCAACAGCAGCAGCUAUUCCAGCUCAUUAACAGGUGCAGUGAGCAGGGUAUGAUGCCUUCGAUGAACAGGUCGAUGUCAGUGCCAGAUACAGGGUCCAUGUGGGACAUGCAUACCUCAGCUUCACAGCCAUCAGGCGGUGAAGCCAGUCUUUGGGACAUAACAAUGAAUCCUUCUACUCAGGGUCCAACUCUCGAACAGCUUCAAAAGCUCCAGCAGGAGAGGCGAGACGCUGAACUCAGGGCGAAGCGUGAGGAGGAGGAACAGCGUAAGAGGAGGGAGGAGAAGAGGAGGCAACAGGAGGAGCAGAAGAGGAGGGAGGAAGAAGAGCUCUUCAGACGCAAGCAGUGUCGUCAGCAGCAGGAACUGAUCAUGAAGUUACUGCAGCAGACCCCCCUGCAGCAGGGUCCCGUCUCAGGCGGCUCAAGCUGGAGCGGGGCUACCUCCUCUGGGCUCGCCAAGACAGGAAAGCCCCCUGCUCUUUCUCUGCUUGAAAUGCAGCAGGAGGCAGAGAGGCUCCUGAAGCAGCAGCAGCAACAGAGAGCCCAGCAGCAGAGAGACCGCCACUCCGGCAUGUCGAUGGGAAGCUCCUCCAUGGGAGGGCAGUGGGCUGAUGGUGUUGGUAUGUGGGGUGGGCCUGGAGGUAUGGAGGGUAAGGGUGGCAGUGGAGGCUCUUCAGGCAGCAUGGGCAUGUGGGACGAGGCUGUGAAGAGCCAGGCCAGCCUGCGUGGCAACAGCAACAACAACAUGGGCUUGAAGAACAGCCGCAGCAGUCCUUCACUGAGUGAGCAGUACAUGAUGCGUCGUAAGCGGACAGAGGAGGAGGACAAGCUGCUGAAGCUGCUGCAGGGCAUGAAGCCUCAGGACGGCUUCACCACCUGGUGUGAACAGAUGCUGCACGCUCUCAACACCUCUGCCAACAACUCCUCCUCCUCUCUGGAUGUUGCCACAAUUGUGGCAUACCUGAAGGAGGUGGAGUCUCCCUAUGCAGUGCUGGACUUCAUCCGGUCCUACCUAGGGGACACAGUGGAAGCCAAAGAGUUCGCCAAACAGUUUCUGGAGCGACGUGCCAAACAGAAAGCCAACCAACAGAGACAGCAGCAGCAGUUAUCAAAGGAAGUGGCUGGAUUGAACAUGAACUUCCCUCUGCAGGACUCAAUGCGAGGUAUGAAUCCAAGCACCCUGCAGUCCAUGUUUCAAGCCAACCACAUGGGCAAGGCUGGUCUCUAUGACAACCAGGGGGGAAAGAUGAAGAAGAAACAGCCCAUGAUGCUGCACUCUGACCCCAGCAUCUUAGGGUACUCAUUCCACAAUGCGGGCGAGUGUCUGAGCCUGAAUGAGAUGGAGAUGGUGGAGGAUUACUGAUGUGACACAGCGCAGCAGCAAUAGCUACCUGAGGCCUUCUGUCUUUUAAUCAGACAAACCUGAUGACGAAUGUGCACUGCUGGGGGAA